AUCGAACCUUUUAUGGUCGAAACGCGGGAAAAUUGGAAGCUGAUCGCUCGUUUAAAAUUUGUUAAUCGCGACGAAGACUAUUCUCACCAGGACGAGUUUAUAACUUAUAUUAAUCGGUCUCGAGUACAAACACGGUCGUUUUACGAGAACAGCGAAUUUAUUUCCGCGUCGUUGAAAUCUCGAACUAUUCGACGUCGGGGAAGAACAAAGUUUCCGUCCGAUUCGGAAGGGUUCACGGAUUGACUGCAUCCUGAUUAACGAAACCUCUUAUUUCUACUUGUAGCCGUCGCUGUUUUGUUAUCAUUCAUCCAUACGUUUGAUCUUUGCGUCCGCGCGCGAGUUACCUUUUUCUUUUUUACGUUUUUCGCGGGCGGUGUACCGUUAAUACUAUCGUUAAUUUACCGAUUGAUUUCGAGCAAAAUUAGAAAACUUGCAGGGGGACCACGACUUUCGAAGCACCGAUUUCAUUCAAACUUUGCAUUAAACAAUUCUGCAAAACCGCGCUCUCCAAAAUGAAGCUCUCUGGUUUUGCAAGAAUGUGUUCUAUAAUCGUAAAGAAUGAAAUCGGUCCGUAGGUCAGGAGGGCAAAGAAAAAAGGACGUUAAGAUCGAAACUGGACUUAGAUCAAUUAUUUGAUAUCGUACAAAGGAUUCUCGGAAUAUGUGCGGUUGUCAGUUUCGGACGUGUAUAUUGGAGGGUCGCCGUAAAGGUACUUUUGAAAUAGACGCGAGGGUAAAAGGGAGAAAAAGAAAAAAAGAGAGAAAAGGAUCGUUAGAGAAAGCAGAAGCGAAACAGAGAGGGAAGCGAAGGGAGAAGCGAGGGAAGGCAAGAGGGAAAGCGAAGAUAAAAGAGGGUGUAGCGAGUUUGCGCGACGUUCGACCCGAAUCUCUCGUCGAACGAUAAGCUAGCCAGCCAGCCAACCAGCCAUCCAGCAAGCCAGCCAGUGAACCAGCCAUCCAGCUAUCCAAGCAUCCAGUUAGCCGGUCAGCCGGACUGCUCCGAUUUAGCCAACGUUUCGAGUCAGCCAUUGAUGGAAGCUCAGCAAUCUUGCAACCGGGUACUGGCAUAAUUUGCCAAACGAUUUGGUGAACAUAGAUUGAUAGGAUCGAUGAUCGAAAAGGCAUACUUUGAGACUUCCUGCGAUAGACGGAAUGAAUGUGUAUCUGUGCCGUGGUCCGGUGAAGGAACCGUGUCCGCGCUCGCGCAGUGUUUAGCGCGUAUUCGUGCAAUAAAUGUGAAUAAAAAGAGGAAUUCUGAAGUAUUUACUCUUGGACGAUCUUCGGGCUCUCACAGGAUCCGUGGAUAGAGAGGAACGAGCGAUGCUAAGGAGAGAAAUUGCGAGAUCGGAUUAAGGGGAAGCGGCGCAUCUACCUUGGAAUGGUUAUACCGGUAGCUUCGACCACUUGGGGCUGGGGAUUCUUCGUUCUCCUGUUGUUUAUUUUCGCUAGCCCCAGUCCCGCGGCCAUUCGCAGAGCGGAUCGAGACCACUGUAACAAGACGGUGGACACGUACGAGGAUGUAUCGAGUCCGGCCGUGACUUCGGCGAAUUGGGGGAAGCCUCUGUCCUGUUGGUAUCGCUUCCGCGUGAACCGUGCCACCUCGCGGGAUUGCAUCCUGCGAGUCCGCUUCAAAAAGUUCAAAGUCGGCGUGCUGGAAAAUGCGACCACCUGCUCGGGCGGUUACUUGCAGAUCGUGGACGGGAACGUGAAAACGGAGGUGACCAAUCGAAAGAACCCGGGAGUCUAUUGCGGCGAAUCGGAACAGCCGCAAACGUUCAUCUCGGAAACGUGUUUCGUCCGUGUGAUAUUCCACGCGGACAACUUCACGGAUCAGACGUACUUCAGCCUCGAUUCUCGAGUAGAGCAGGGGUUCGAAGUGUACUUGAGGUACGGCCAGCAUCCGGAAUUGUAUCCGAAUCGAAGGGGCGAGAUCGUGCGCGGGAGCUACUGCGAGCGAGUGUUCAGGGACUGCCGGCUGCAGACGUGUUACGUGCAGAGCCCGGCCUAUCCGGGCAUUUACCCGCGCGCGUUGCAUUGCAAGUACUGGUUGAACACCCGGUCGCCCUUCAUCAAGCUGUACAUCGAGAACGAGGAGUUCAACAUCGACGGGCAGAGAUGCGAGAACAUAAUGACUUGUCCGAUGAGACCGAUAAGCUCCGGGUCGGAGUACUGCCCGUACGAUUAUAUACGCGUUUACGAUGGCAAGAACGAGAACAGCACGGCGAUCGGCACCUUUUGUGGCAUGGGCAAGUUCCCCUACAGCAUCAUCGGCACCAGCGAGGAUCUCUACGUGGAGUUCGUGUCAUCGCCCGCUGGGCCGCUCUUGAACACCGGGUUUCACUUCAACGUUGGAAACUGGCCGGGACACGCGGAGCUCGCCGGCGUUCGGAACGGUACUUGCAACUGGUUGCUCGACAGCGAGUCCUUGCGCUCCGGUAACGAGGGUAUAUUCCUCUCGGUGGCGCACUGGUAUCCACCCGACACCAGUUGCACGUACCUCCUGAAAGGCAGGCCCGGGGAAAUAGCCAGGCUCUACUUCCCCAGCUUCCGGGUGAACCGCAUCGAGUCACCGAUAGAACCGUACGACGGUGAUUGCGGUGAAAGUUUGACUUUAUACGACGCCGACUGGUCCGACGACGCUAAGAUUAUUAAAACCUUCUGCGACACGUUCAGCAAACCGAUGGAGAAGCACGACUUCGUCUCGACCUCGAACGCCCUGUUCGUGAAAUUCGAAAGCAAGACCGGCAGUUAUUCGGGGAGUUCACUGUACUAUUGGGCUCAUUACGAUUUCUUCAACGCGACCAGGUUCGGUGUGCACGUACCCGGCACCGAGUGCGACGAGACGUUCGCUUCUUGGAAAGGGCGAUCGGGUCGACUGCGAUCGCCGCUGAAUACUCUCGUUUACAAGCGUCCUGGCGAUCCACCAGCUGAUCUCUCUUGCACUUACUCGUUCAUCACUGACAAACGAUUGUACGCACGUGUCAUUCUCACCAUAGAGUCUGUCUCCUUCAAGGAGCAUCCGUACGCACAAUGCGGUCACUGCUGGGACAGUCGAGUCGAUCGGUUGAUCGUUCAAGAACCACCGACUGCGGACGCGAUCGAACCGCAGCAGCAACAGCGACAAGAGCAGCACCGUCAGCAGCAACAGCAAAAGGAUAUCGGUAUCGGUAGAGGUCGCUGUAUCUGUCGAUCAACAACCAUCGGUGAAUCGAACGGCGAUGGACAGCGAUCUGCGCUUCGCGUCGUGUCUCGAGGAGAGAGACUCGAGUUGAAACUGUUAGUAGACGGAACCCACGCCGCGGCCAACUACUUCAAGCAAGCUACUCCGCUGUUCGAGGCUAGAUACGAGUUCGCUCACAGCCCGCUGUGCGGGCCCGCAAUUCUGCACGCCACGACCGACGGCGAGAUCGAAUUCCCGCACUACGAGGCACUCGGCUACGUCACUCCGCCCCGAUCGAUCAAGUGCAUAUGGGAGCUACGCGUGCACCGAGACCGAGAUGUGUGGCUGCACUUCGACAAGAUCAAAUUCGCAUCGAGAUCCUGCGAGGACGGAAAGCUGGAGAUCUUCCUGCCGAGAAGCAACGAACCGUUCAUCGGCAUAUGCGGCGAGAACGUGAGCUCCGUCGGGGAGAUGCCGAUAAUAUCGGCCGCGCAGAUCGCUCCCUCGUUCGAGCGCAACUCUGGCCCGAGCGGGGAGCCGAAUCUGCAGAACUCGGCUUCGCAACCUUCGACGGAUCAACGGCAAGAGGAGGAAGAUUGGCCGACGGUGAUCAUUCAGUUCACUGGCUCGAUGGCUCCCGCUAGGGCGGCCUUCAAGAUCGCUUGGACGGAGUUGUACCACCUUCCGCGCGACUCGACAGGGGCUUUGAACACGCAGAAACUAGACGAGUAUUGUGGAUUUCAGUGUCCCGGUGACGCUGGGUGCAUCCCGGCUAGACUCCUCUGCAACGGUGUGGUCAAUUGCCCUGUUCCGGAGCACCGGUCCGUGUUCCGGAACACUUACAACGGCAGCGGCACUUUAACCAAGGAGGAACCGAACGACGAGUCGCUGGAAACCUGCGGAACCGACGCUCUCGGUAAUCGGGCGAACGUCGCCGGGUCCGGAAACGGCGUUGGUAGUCUCGCGAGCGUCGUUGGCUCCGCCGGAUGGGCGGGCGCCGGUCUGGGCGCCGGUCUCGCUGUGCUCGUCGCCCUCGUCUGCUUGAUAACCGUUUGCAAAAUCUGUAGACGACGCGCUACGCCUAGAGACAUUCACGUACCUUACUGACACGCGUGCGAGUACGGAUUUAAGCAUAUCGCGGUUCAUAAACGCGGACACCAGUUUUCUCUUUUUUCCUUCGCGAGUCUGAUCGAUGGAGGACGCUUCGCGCGUUGCGUCGCCUCGAAUCUAGCGUAGACUCGUCGGGCGGAGUUUUACCGAGCUACCACCGUUAUCUUCGUUUGUUCACUUUCGUCGGCGAGAAACAGAGAGAAUAGAGGAAAAUUAGUUGGACGACUGAUUAAAUAGGUAUAGCUAGGUAAGCUAGAUAUAUAUGUUUUCGACCGUCGCGUAGAAACGAAUACGCGGACCGUGAGGUGUGGGAUGAACAUCGGAAGUGUUUUCGAUAGGAGUUUGCGAUGUAGAGGUACCGCGAUCGGUCCGUGUACGAUUCGAUCUAGGUAGACGCGUUUGGUCGACGCGAAUCGCGAUUUAUUAACUUGUACGCAAGGUAGUCGCGUUACGCGCGUUAGCUAACGAAGAGAGUGCCUGCGAAUGUUCGCACGUGCGCGUCACACACGAUACGCGCAUUAUUUCUGGAGAAUAUGCCGACGACAAAUUUGUAUAUGAAUACAUACACAGAGUGUGUCCGAAGUCCUACAACGAUCAAAAUUUUAAUGAAAAUUCUAUCGCUGUCUGACCUUGCAUUGACCUUGAAAAGUUCUAUGAAGGAAAGAUUUGAGCGUUGCCGAACUUUUCACGCACUCUAUAUAUAUAUUUAUAUAUACGUAUGUACAUGUACAUCUAGCACAUAAGUAUCGAUUAUUUUAGGGAAUAACCGGUACAACACCGUAAUCCUCGGAAUAAGCAUUGAACAAUGUGUCGUACAACGCGAUGCGACCAAGAAAAGAAAAGUCAUGUUCUUUUGUACAUAGUUCGCGUCUUCUCAAAUUAAUCUUAAAUAUCUAUAGAUCACGCGAAAUAGACUAACGAAUCUACCUUGACAAACACGCGUAACAUAAGCGUACGAAAAUGCGUAACUUUCCCUUUUUUCGUCCCUUCUCGUCGUGCAUUUGGUUGCAACGUGGGCUUUCUUUAAAUGAGGAUAUGUGAGGUUCAUCAUUUUAAAUACCUAUAUUUCUAUUACAAAAUCUUUGUAUUACAACUACCCUGACAUAAACCCUGCCACAUUUUUUUUCUGGAUCUCCGUACACUUGUGUUACAAAAUUUCUAGGACCAUUUGUAAAUCUAUAAUCUAUGAUAUCAAUCUCCUAGGUUCUUAGAUCUACAAAUUUCUAGAUCUCGAAGUCCCUAGGAUUCGAAUUUUUCAUCGAAAAUCACCAAAUUUCCAAAUUCU